CCUUAUAUUCAGCAUCUCCUCCAUUUCAGAUUCUCUCUGCUCGCCCAAUUUAAGCCUUCAAAACCCGACAUAAUCACGGAUUUCUCUAUCUUUUCAGCUAAAAAGGGCCUCUCUUCCUACAUGUUUUCUUAGUUCACAUGGCUGCCUCAUCAACAUCUUCCACUUCUUCUCUGUGUUUUCCGGCAACUUCUGCUGCCGGAACCCGUAAUUCUUUUCCCACCAAUGAUACAUUCUUGAGGUGUCGCCGGAGCCGUCAAUUCACCCAAUUGAAGGUUCAUAAGUCUGUUGUUCGCUCGGAUUUGGACAGAGAUGUUUCAGACAUGAGAAAUAAUGCUCCAAAAGGACUAUUUCCACCAGAACCUGAACAUUAUCGGGGGCCCAAAUUGAAAGUGGCUAUCAUAGGUGCUGGCCUUGCUGGCAUGUCAACUGCGGUGGAGCUUUUGGAUCAAGGGCAUGAGGUGGAUAUAUAUGACUCAAGGACCUUCAUUGGCGGAAAAGUGGGUUCAUUUGUUGAUAAACAUGGAAACCAUAUUGAAAUGGGACUACAUGUGUUCUUUGGUUGCUACAAUAAUCUUUUCCGUCUUCUGAAGAAGGUUGGUGCUGAGAAGAACCUCCUUGUCAAGGAUCAUACUCACACUUUUGUUAACAGAGGAGGAGAAAUUGGUGAGCUUGAUUUCCGCUUUCCUGUUGGGGCACCAUUACAUGGAAUUAACGCAUUUUUAACUACAAAUCAGCUUCAGCCAUACGAUAAAGCCAGAAAUGCUGUGGCUCUUGCUCUAAGUCCAGUUGUGAGGGCACUUGUUGACCCGGAUGGAGCAAUGACACAAAUACGCAACCUGGAUAAUAUUAGCUUCUCUGAGUGGUUUAUGUCUAGAGGGGGAACACGUACGAGUAUCCAGAGAAUGUGGGAUCCUGUUGCCUAUGCUCUUGGAUUUAUCGACUGUGAUAAUAUCAGUGCACGUUGUAUGCUCACCAUUUUCUCAUUAUUUGCCACCAAGACAGAGGCCUCGUUGUUGCGCAUGCUUAAGGGUUCUCCUGAUGUCUAUCUGAGUGGUCCUAUCAGAGACUAUAUCAUAGAGAAAGGAGGAAGGAUCCAUCUCAGAUGGGGGUGCCGGGAGAUUCUCUAUGAGAAAUCAGCUAACGGGGAGACAUAUGUUACAGGACUUGCCAUCUCUAAGGCUACUCAAAAGAAAAUUGUGAAGGCAGAUGCAUAUGUAGCAGCAUGUGAUGUCCCUGGUAUUAAAAGACUUCUGCCGUCUAAGUGGAGGGAUUGGGAAUUCUUUGAUGAUAUCUACAAACUAGUUGGUGUUCCAGUUGUGACAGUACAACUUCGGUAUAAUGGUUGGGUAACAGAAUUACAGGAUCUAGAACGAUCUAGGCAAUUGAGGGAAGCUGCAGGUUUGGACAAUCUCCUAUAUACCCCGGAUGCAGAUUUUUCCUGUUUUGCAGACCUAGCACUGGCUUCACCAGAAGAUUACUAUAUUGAAGGACAAGGCUCAUUGCUCCAAUGUGUGCUUACCCCAGGGGACCCAUACAUGCCUUUACCAAACGAAGAAAUUAUAAGCCGGGUUGCAAAACAGGUUUUGGCUCUCUUCCCAUCUUCCCAAGGUCUUGAAGUUACCUGGUCAUCGGUGGUGAAGAUUGCACAAUCUCUGUAUCGAGAGGGACCUGGUAAAGAUCCAUUUAGACCUGACCAGAAAACACCAAUCAAGAAUUUCUUCCUGGCGGGUUCAUACACAAAACAGGACUAUAUAGACAGCAUGGAAGGGGCAACAUUAUCAGGCAGACAAGCUUCUGCAUUUGUAUGUGAUGCUGGAGAAGAGCUUGCAGGCUUAAGGAAACAGAUUGCAUCCAUUCAAUCCAUUGGAGUUGAUGAGCAGCUUACUCUUGUUUGAAAUUAAGUAUAAUGCUUCUUGUAUAAUUGAUUGGCUGGGUGAAGUAAAAUAAAUACAUCCCCAAUUUAUUUUAUUUUGAUUUAAAAAAAAUCACGGAUUUAUAGUUUCU